AACACCCUCCAAGCUGUACUGCAACUUCACAAUGGGAAGGCUUAGAACAAAGUCUGAAUAUGAAGACCUCCGCAAAGCCCGUAUUUCGGGAAACAACGUUCCAUUGGAGACUCUGGGGCUUCAAAAGUCGAUCGCAGAACUUGGAUCACUCGCUGCAAAACCAAAAUUAGAGAGGCGCAAAUGGAGAAAGAUUGACUGUUCUUCCACCCCUGUGCGCCAGUCCAAUCGUUUAAAAGGAAAACCUUGCGAUUAUGCACCUUCAGUGACGGUGGAAAAUGGGGGGUUCUGCCCCGGAAAAGACAGCGAUAGUGUACUUGAUCCUCCUGUCAAUGUAGAAAUGGAGGAAGUGAAAGCAAAUUCUGCCUAUGAAGACCUCCGAGCAGCCCGGAUUUUGGAAAACAAGGCUCGACUGGAAAGUCUGGGACUCCAAAAGGCAAUCUCAGAGCUUCGAUCCAUCAUCUCUUCGAAACCAAAAUCACAGAAGAGGAAAUUGAUCAAGAUUGAGUAUUCCUCCAGCCCCUUGCGUCGUUCCAGCCGCUUGGAAGGCAAAUCAUGCGAUUACAGGCCUUCAGUGGAGGUGGAAGAUGAGUUAAUGAAGAAGGCCAAAAAUGGGUUCACUUACCAGCCUUCACCUGAUGCUUUAAGCCGUCGUUGCUCAAGCAAGGCCAGGGGCAGUGUAUAUGACCCUGUCUAUGGAAUUUGUUGUCACUUCUGCAGGCAAAAGAAAUUGUGUGGUGAAGAAGAUUGUAAGCAUUGUGGUGAACUCGACAUGGACCAGCUUUGCAUAGGAAAGACUGAUUGUUCAAUCUGUCAUUCUAGCAAUGGUGUCCUUUGCCGCGCUUGCCUUAAGGUUAGAUAUGGUGAAGAAAUGGAGGAAGUGAGAGCAAAUAAAGAGUGGAUAUGCCCUCAUUGCACUGAAGAGAAAGGAAUCAAUCCAUACUGGAUAUGUAACAGCUCAUUGUGUUUGAAGAAGCGGAAGAUGGUUCCAACAGGGAUAGCAAUAUACAGAGCUAGGGAGAUGGGAUUCAAGUCAGUGGCACAUCUAAUAAUGGAUGAGCUUCAACGGCGGGGGGCAGCACACAGAUAGAUGAAGAAGAAGAAGAUGAUCUGGAUCAUCUGUUUGGAACUUGCAAGGUAAAACAAUAUGUGACAUGAAAAGCUAAGUAGUGGCAUAUGUUUAAGGUGGGGGAUUUUUAGGAUACUGUGUUGUUUAGUACAGUACUACUUUUACUUUUAGUAUUUUGUAGAAAGCUAAGGACAGAUUCAACCUUUCUGAUUCUUGAUCUUCCAUGUAUGUGAUCAUCUCUGCAGUUGCAUGUUUUGUGGAUAAAGUGUUGUUAUUUUCUUUAUCAAUCUGUGAGAUAAAGUGUUGUUAAAUGAAGGGGAGUGAUAUAAAUAAUAUGUAACAACCUUUCUGAUA